ACAUCUAUCUAUCAUCAAUCAACACAAUGUCUUCUUCUUCUUCUUCACUAACACUCUUCUUCUUUUUAUUCGCCUCUGCCUUCCUCUACACUCCAUCAAACUCAUUCAACAUCACAACCAUCUUAAGCCAAAACAAAAACUUCUCCGAUUUCAACAAAAUGCUCUCCCAGACCCAGCUCGCUUCCACCAUCAACUCCCGUCAAACCAUAACCGUCCUCGCCCUCUCCAACGACGCAAUGUCCUUCUUCUCCAGCCAAUCGGUCGAAGAAAACAAGAGAGCCUUCAGCCUCCACGUCGUCCUAGACUACUACGACAUCAAGAAACUCAAGAGCCUGAGCAAGAAAACAGCGUUACUCACCACUCUCUUCCAAUCAAGCGGUCAAGCCAAAGGCAAACAAGGGUUCAUAAACGUAACCGUUAACAAUAACGGCGACGUCAUGUUUGGAUCUGCGGUUUAUGGUUCUCUCCUCGACGCUCAGCUUCUAGACUCGGUUGCGUCAGAGCCGUUUAACAUCUCGGUGCUUCAUAUUAGCACUUCUAUACCUAUAAUGGAUCCUAAUAAUUCUGAUUUUAUUUAUACUUCAUCUUCACCACUUCCUGCACAAGCUCCUAACGAUGAUGAUUAUGAGUAUGACGAGCCACCAUCCCCACCAUCAUCCUCUGCUAAGGCUAAGGCUCAUGCUCCUGCUGCUGCUAAGGCUGCUGAUACUGCUCCUACGGCGUCUUCUAGCAAAGACAACUCAACAAGUUCAGCUUCGGUUAUUAAUUCUUCUCAGCUUGACUUGGCGUUUGCGGUCGUGAUUUCAUCCUUCUGGUUGUUCAUGACGGUCUAGUGAGAUGGUGGUGUUAAGAGUUGAUAACAGCGUGAAAGAAUGAAAAAGAUCAAGUGAGCUUUUUUGAGACCAAGAAAAUAAAAGAAGAUUGGCAGGGAAAAGAGUUCAAGUUUUUCACCCAAAACACUAAAGAAGAGCAAACUUGGAUCACAAGAAGAAAUAAUGUGAAUGCAAUAAGGAUCGAGAAAGUUGUAAAACUCAUAAACUCUUUAUUUAUUUGGAAGCUUGGAAAUGAUCUUUAUUAAGUUGUGAAACAUAAUAAUCGGUGCUUAGGCUUUUCUGACUAAAUGGUGCAUUGUUGUUUGGUUGCAUUACAAUGUUAAUCAAUGUUCUAAAAAUCGGUCCCGUUUAUAGAAAAAAUCGACCCAA